AUGAGCCAAGCAAAGUUAUUGACUGCGGCGUUCACUAAGAUUCCUCAGUAUGAAGAACAUAUCGCUGUUCAAAAUCUGCCUUUUUCGGUUGAUCCUAUUCUAUUGGAAUCAGACUAUCAGAUUGUUUUACCACCAUUAGUUGCUGAUAAAUGCACAGUAUCACAACAAAAGUGUGAUUCCACUAACAUACUACAACGUUUAACCUCUCGUCGAAGAGAAAAACAUAUGAGCCGGUUGAGAGAGUGGUAUGAAAAGCUUUCGAAAAUUAGCCAAGAUAUUGAAAAUCAAGUGAAAGAAUGUUGUGAAAAUACUGCAAACUUAUUAAAUACUAGUUGGGAAAGACAAAAUCAAAUAUUAAAUGCAAAUCUAUCUGAUGAACAUUUGUUGAACUCGGAGAUAUCUGAUUUAGACAGUAAAUGGAAUCAACUUGAUAAUGAAUAUAUUCAACGUAGAAAUGAAAUUAAUCAUUUAGAAAAUCAAUUAUAUAUACUUGAAUAUAAACGUAUUAAUCAAAUAAAACAAGAAUUUCAUGAAUUGACUGAUUAUUUAAGUAAAUAUUCCCAUUUAACACCAAAUGAAUUACAAAUUGCAUUACAGAAAGAAAUAUUUACAAUUGAUAUUGAAUUAUUGGAAAAUCGUCGUGAAUUAGCAAAUUUAAUUAAAAAUCUUCAUCUUGGUGAAUUAAUGAAUCAACGUUUUACUAAUUUAACAUGGUCGGAACAACGAAAUCAUUGGCAAAUAAUAAAUAUCAAUGAAGCUGUACAAAAAUUUCGAAUUUGUCUUAAUGAUGAGAAAUUCCGAUAUCCGAAUGAUGUAAAACUAAAGAUAAAUGAUUUGACAACAUGCUUAAAUGGAUUUGAAAAGCGAAAAGACAAUUUGAUCAAUGAAUUAUGUGAAAACUUGAUACCAUCCAAUAAUAUGGAAGAAUUUCUAGAAAAUUGGAAUGUUGAAUGUAAACAAUUAUUUACUGAAUGGGAUGAAAUGAAUCAAGAUGCUUUGAACUCCAUAUACAAAGCUUAUGAAGAUAAUUCACAACAGUGUAUCGAUCAAAUCCAACAGAUGAAAGAUCAAUUGUUGGAUCGUAAACUAAUCGGUUCAAUGGAUGAAAUUGAAAAUUUAAUUAAAGAAAAUUGUAUCACAAUUUUGGGUGAAUUACAAAGUCAAUUUGAAAAUAAUUUAAAUUAUAUUGAUCAUUGUUUCUCAUGGUGUAUAACAAUAUGGUUAAAUGAAUUUCUUCCAUCAUUAUUAAAAUUUAUUCAAUUAUUUAUUAAAUUAUGGCAAUUUUAUGCUUCUACACCUUUAAUUAAUAUAAAUAAUGAAUUCAAUGAUAAUCUACUUAAUUCAAAACAAGUAGUAUAUGAAGAAAUUAAUAAAAAAAAUGAAUCCAUUAAUUCUUUAAUUGAUAUUAUAAGACAAAGUUCAACAGAACAAAUUAUUGAUGAAAAAUUAAAAGAAACAAUGAAUGUAUUCAAUGAAAUAAGUAUCCUUUAUAAAACAUUAUAUGACAAACAAUUACAAUGUAUAGAUACAUAUGUAAAACAAAUACCGAUUGUUAUUGAUUCAUGUGAAACUGCUAUAUGCCGAUUUUUUGGUGUCAUGCGAUGUACAAAACAACAAUCUUUAAUUUUAGAAAAAAAAAUAAAUCAUCAGACACCAGUAAAUAAGCAAAUCACACUUGGAUUUGAACAAUAUAUUUGUAUACCACCACCACCACAACAACAACAACAACCAUCACCCCCACCACUAGCACAGCAACAACCACCACCACCACAGCAACAACAACAACAACCCCAGCAACAACAAUUCAAUGAAAACUCAUCUAAAAUAAAUCAUAUUUUUUAUUAUAUUAAACAUCAUGAUAAUGCUAUUGAUGAUUUAAUUAAAUUUUUACAAUCAGAAAUAAAAUUGAAUGAUAAAUUAAAUCAAUUUAUUGAUUAUUUAAUUAAAAAUUAUCAAUUUAGUGGUAUUAUAACUGGUCAUGAAAUCAAUAAUUAUUCUAAUAAAAUCAAUAAUUUAUCAAUCAAAUUAAUAACAAAAAAAUCAAUAAAAUCAAAUCAUAUAAAAGAUAAUGAUAUCAAAUUAUUUAUGAUUAAUAAUAAUAAUAAUAAUAAUGAAAGUAAACCAAUCCCUGUCAAUAAUUAUGUAACCGAUUAUAUCCAACCGAUCAAGAUUGAAAAAUGUUUAAAUAUAAUAAAACAAGUUAAAGGGAUAAUUCGUAUGAAAAUAUUAGAAUAUUUGGAACAAUGGAAGAAUACAACCAUGUUAGCUAUGAAAGAGGAAGUUAUAGUUAGAAAAACUGAAAUAGACGAUGAAUAUCAACUACAACUCAAACUUCAUGAACCACGUAUUGAUCGGGUGAAAGAAGAUAUAGUAAAUGUAAGAUUAACUGAAUUAGUUUUACAUCAAACCCGAAUUGACCGACAUAUAACCUCAGUGAAUUUAAUAUUAAAUGAAAUGAAAAAUAAUUCAACGAAUAGUUUAAUUGAUACAUUAAAUAAAUCAGAAGAACAAAUGAAUGAAUCCAUUCAACAUUCUAUUGAUUUAACAAUAAAUAAAGCAACAAAAUCAUCAACACUACUGUUAUUAAGAAAACGUAUAGAAGGUUAUGCUGAAUCUCAUACUGAAAAUGUACGUCAAGCAUUGAAAGAGUUUCGUCAAAAUUUUGAAAAUCAAAUACAAACUGUAAAUAAUUCCAAUUUAAAAUUGAUUGAAUCAUUAGAACUCUUUGUUGAUGGAGGCAAUUUCUCAACUGUUGAAGCCAAGAAAUAUACCACAGUAUUGAAUCAAUUAAGUAAAACAAUUCAAUCAUUUCAAGAAGAAAUUAUUGGUAGUAUAGAAUCCAUUGAAAAAGAACGUCAAUUAAUUAUAGAUAAUAAAUUAAAACAAUUUGAAUCAAUGUUAAAACCAUAUUUAGCUGAUGUUAUAUAUAUGGAAAAUAUGAUACGUUGUAUAACUAAUACAAAAGUACAAAUCAAAGCACAAACUGAAGAUAGUUCAAGUCAAUCAAAACUACUAAUAAAUCAAAUUGAACAAUUACAAUCAUUAUUAAAAUCACUUCAUAAAACAAAUGACAUAGUAACUAAUACAUUAAUUAAUAUAACAUUAAUGGAUAGUAACCAAUCUCAUAGAGAUACUAUAAAAGAGAAAAGAAUCCAAAAAGAUUUAAUUCAUAAAACUAUUGAAUUAUUUACUAAUAUUUGUGUAAAUUCAUCCGAUCGAUGUAUAUUCUUAAAUUGUUUACGUAGUCAAUUUUUAAAUAAUGAUGAUGAUGUAACCAUGACAACAACAACAACAACAACAAAGGAUCAAGAUGAAAUAUCUAAUGAGAACAAUAUUGGAAAUAACAAAGAUAAUUUAAUAUUGAAUAAAACAAAACUACAAUCUACAUUACAAACUCCUAUUAUCAAUAUUCAUUCAAAUAGAAAUGAACAAAUGAAACAAUUGAAUAAUCAAACCUUAUUUACGAAUGUCAAUACACAAAAUGCAUUACAAAUUAGUCGACCAGGACGAUUAUAUACGGAUGAUUCUUAUAUUCAACUUGUACAGAAUAUUAUUAAUGAAUCUAAUCCAUUGGAUGAGAAUAUUGAUACACCAAAUCAAUUCGUUGAUAAUCUAUCUAAACGUAAUGAUAAUAAAUCAUAUGAAUUAACUAAUUUGAAUAGUAAUAACAACAAUAAACAAGUAUUAUUGGAUGAUAAUCAAAAAUCGGAAACAAUCCCAGUUACUAAAUCGACAAAAAGUCAUCGAGGUAAACGUGAAAUGAAUAGUUCAACUACAAAUGGAACUGUACUUAAAACUAGUAGACGAAAGAAAAAUAUCCCUCAUACAACUACAAAUAAGACAAUCGUAAAGCAUAAUCGACCUCAAGCCUAUUAUGAUACAUUCGGUAAAGAUGUAACAUCCCAAGAAGGUUCUGUUGAAUUAAGUACUUCAAAUAUGAAACAAAUUAAUAUUGAACAAGUAACAUAUAUUGGUCGUAUUCAAAAAAUAUGCCGGGAAAAUCUUCAUAAUGCAUUACAUCUAUCUGAAAAUUAUUAUCGACAAAAAGGUAUUCGACAACCAACACAUCCAGACAUUAUCAAGUCUACAUUUGAUGAUGCUGCCAAUUCGAUUGUGACAAAUUUAAAAACAUUAUUUAAUGAAGCAGAAUCAUAUCAUCAUUCAUGUGUAAAAGAAUUUUCUCAACAAUUAAAUCAAAUUGAAUAUUUAGCAAGUCAAUUACCUUAUUUAUUAUUUCAAGAAAUGUUAAAUGAAAUGAAAUUCUAUUUAUUACAAGAAAUUAAUAAACAUCAAAUUAGAAUUCAAUUAGAUUUAAAUAAAUUAAAUGAAUUACGGAUUAAAUAUAGUGAUCAACUUCGACCAGAACUUUGUAACCUUAGCAACCAACAUCAACUCAUCACAUUAUUAAAACAAGAGAAUGAACGUCAAAUAAAUCUUGUCAAAUUAUUAUAUAAAUUAAAAACUAUUAAAUCAAAAAUUAUAUAUAAAGGUAGACAAUUAUUUAGUCAACGUUUAUCCAAUCUAACCGAUUAUUUAUUUAUUCGAUUUGAUAGUCUUAUUGGUUCUGAUCAAAUUGAUAAUCCAGACAAUGAUGUUGAUAAUGAUGAUCCUCUUAAAUCAAAGAAUCAUAUAUUAAACAAAUCAUCUACUUUAGAUAAAGAUCAUAUAUCUACAAAGAUUAAAGAAGAAGAUCUAGAUCGUGGUAAACGAACAUGGGAAGGUGUACAAUUUUCGGAACCUAUCAAUACAAAUUUGAACAAAUCAAAGGAAAAACAAUCAUCAUUAUUAAAACCUUCACGUAAUACCAAUAGUAAUACUAUUGAAUUAAAUGAUACUAAUCAAAAUGAGAAUUAUUGUAUAGUUAGUGCUAAAACAACAAAAGCACAUAGAUCAACAUUGAAAUAUCGUGAUAUUACUGUUGAGGAAUUUCAAUUAUUCACUCAAAAUUUAUUAGAAUUUAUAGAAAUGGAAUAUACUAGUGCAAUAAAAGAUAAUGAAGAAUAUAAACAACAAUGGAUAGAAAGUGUAAAUCUCUUGACAAAACUUAAUUGA